AUGGCUUUACCUACAGCGCAGCCUGCUGAGGUACUUCGUGCUUGGCAAAAAGACGAUUUAUAUGAAAAGAAAUUAGCUGCAUCGUUAGCGAAACUAAUUUCCUCUCAGCACGCAUCCAAAGCUAUUCCUAUUUCUUUUGUACUUUACAAAUCUUUUACAACCCUACGAGAGUUACAAACACUUGGUGAAGAAUAUUCUGGUAUUGUGCAAGUUGAUGACUCCUAUCACAAACUACCAACAUUUUGUAACCGCCUCAUAAGUAUUUUACUGUCAGCUUUUGGUGAGAACAUAACACAAAGAUUACUUCGUAGUGUAGAAAAGCAAAUUGAAAUUAAUUCAACAUUAAGACCAGCAGCACAAAAUCUAUUUUUAGUGACUUUUAAGGCAUUGGGUAAUAUUUUACCACAAAUUGAAAGCAUACAUAGAGCAUUAUCAUACAUUAAUGGUGGUCCACUUGAAAUUGGUAAAUCCUUGACAAGAAUAAACUAUGUCCAUGUAAGACCAGCUGCAGCUGCUUAUUAUGCGCAUCUGAGGCUAUUAGGCAUAGUUACACUAUUGCAUGCAGUUAUAAGUUGUGGCCAGAACCUAUACCAGGCCAAGAAACACCUUGAGCAGAUGGCUGAUUUUCCAAAUGAAGUGGACAAUAGUAGGUCUUGUGUGGCAUGCUUAGAUGAAAUAGUACAACCAUGUGUUUUACAAUGUGGGCAUUUUUUCUGCAUGCAAUGUUGUUAUGGUGCAUUAGAAAGUUGUGCUUUAUGUAGGACGCCAUUUUCUAAAAACAGUGUUGUACCAUUAAUGAACUACUGUCCUAGUGUGAACUAG